UUAACCUGCUUCAGACUUUCUUUCUAUCUAUGUCUUCUUUUUCUCCGCACUGUUGUUAACUAUCGAAUUCUCACAGCUCCGUCGCUAUGGCGGAGGCCUUGAUCAAGCUUGUCGAUUCUCUCUCGUUCGGCAAAAACGAUAAGUCCUUGUCGUCAAUCGAUCUAGUUCACAAUCUUCGUUCCGACGAUGACUCGAUCAGACCAGGCCUUGAAAAGCUCUAUCUGGUUCUCAAAUGCGGUGUCGACCCCGCCGGAGACGACGCUAAGCUAGGGCUUCAAUCUUGGAACGCGUCUCAGAUUCAAGAAGUUUGCGCUCUAGCGUCUGCGAUCGCUUUUGCUUCUCGAUCUCUUUCCGUGGAGCAAGUGGAACCAGUUGUUCUCGCGAUUGCACAAACAUCAGUGGAACUAGCUGUUUGUUAUUUGGAAAGAUCAGAAUUCAGCAGUGAUGAUUUAAGUAUUCAGAAUAAUAUGGUACAACUUUUAGAAACAGCAUUGGUUGAUGGAGCCAAUAAGGUACCUGAGGCAGUGCAACCUUUAUCUGUAAAUAGCCUCUUAGAGUUGCCGGUGGUUGCUAGUAAUUCAAGUGGCAUGGAGUUUGUUAACCGCAUUAAGUGCAAUCUUCAAGAUAGAGCUAUUUGUUCAAGGGAGGAGAAGGUGGUUGAUCGGAUCUUUUUGACAUUAGCUUCUGAGUGUAUACAAGCUGAUAGACAGACUACUGCAUUAAUUGAACCUGUUCUCCCGCAUGAUCUAAAAAAAAUGGUUUUUCUGUCUCAACAUUGGGCUGUUGCUCAUGUGGAAUGCAUUCGAAAGUUGAUUUUGGUCUGCAGAGAACUGAUUGUUUUCCCUGAUAUGUUUGAUGAAAAGAUGGGCGGUACAAACUUCCGCAAGAGAUUAAUGCUCAGUUUGAGGAUUUUAAAGCUACUAGGAAGUUUUGCAAAGGACAUUCCCUUCAUUGAAUAUGAUACCUUGUUGGUCCAAGCUGUUGCUUCUUUAGCUGAUACACUGCCUUACUUAUUUAGACCUGGAUUUGAAUUCGUUAGUAACAAUGCUGCCGUGGAGGGUAGCUUUGAAAGUCUUGCUCUGUCGCUAUUGGAGGAAUUUCUUGAUCUUUCCCGGGUUAUUUUUUGCAACAGCUAUGUUUUUCUGAAUAUUCAAGCUUGCAUAAUAGCCUCCAUAUUGGACAAUUUGGAUUCUUCAGUUUGGAGGUAUAACAAAUUGGCUGCCAACCUGAAGCCCCCACUAGUGUAUUUUCCUCGAAUUGUUAUUUACAUAUUGAAACUCAUUCAUGAUCUCAAAAGACAAACUAACCGAACUCUUAGCUGGAAGGAGUUGGACAUAGAGAUUAUUAGCAAAAAUGUUGAUUUACCAACUGAUUUGCCUUCUUGCCAUGUUCAUACGGAGAAAAUAACUUUGCUCAAGAGGUACACAUUUGAACAAUUCUUGGAGAUGAUUUUCCCUUCCUCUAAUCAGUGGCUGGACAAUCUGAUGCAUGCUCUCUUUUUUCUUCACUCUGAGGGUUUAAAAUUAAAGCCAAAAGUGGAGAGAUCAUACUCUAUUGGUGCAAAAACUAGUUGCAAUUCUGAAGUUGAAAAUGUAGUUUUCCAUGAAGAUGAGGCACUUUUUGGAGAUCUUUUCUCUGAAAGUGGUCGCUCUGUAGGAUCUGUAGAUUGUAAUGAACAGCAACCUGUUGCUACCAAUUCCAGUUCUAGCCACUGUAACAUGCCCAUUGAAGCUGCUAUUGAACUGUUAAGCUUUCUCAAAGUUGGCAUCUUUUCUCUCGAAUGGCAUCCUUCACUUUCUGAAGAUGGCUGCAUGAAACUGAGUAGAGAUCAUGUUGAUAUAUUGCUCUCCUUAGUCCUAUCUCAGGGGUAUUGUUCUGAUGAUAGGGUUUCUGAUAGCUGCUACCCUUUACACGAAGAGAAAAAAAUUGGUCGUGUACAAGAAAUUUGCUUUGAACUCUUGCAAGAUCUUCUUACGCGGCAUGCUUUGGCUGAUUCACUUGAAGAGUAUCUUGUUGAGAAAGUUUUGAACAUUGAAAAUGAUAUGUUUGUUUACAAUGAUCAGACCCUUACUUUGCUAGCCCACUCUCUUUUCUGUAGAGUGGGUGCGGCUGGUAGCAAAUUGAGGGCCCUGAUUUUCAGAGAAUAUGUGCGUUUUAUUGUUGAGAAGGCGAAAGCAAUUUGUUUAAAAUGUCCUAGCUUGAAGGAUACUCUUGGUACUCUUCCGUCUUUGUAUCAUAUAGAGAUUCUACUUAUGGCCUUCCACUUAUCAUCAUCAGAAGAAAAGGCAUCACUAGCAAACUUAAUAGUUUCUUCCCUCAAAACAAUUGAUGCUCCAACAGAAAGUUUUGACAGCACACAUUUAUCAUGCUGGGCUUUACUGGUUUCAAGGUUGGUUUUAGUUCUUCGUCAUAUGAUAUUCUAUCCGAGUACCUGCCCUCCUUCUUUGCUUCUACAUCUCCGCUCUAAGAUAAGGGAAUCCCCGCAUUCAUCUGCGCAUCUACCUAAUUAUGUGAAUGAUCAUAUGUCAUCUUGGGCUUCAAUUGUUGUAAAGAGUGUAAUGGGUGCAUGGUUUGAGGAGGAAUCUAUCAUCGGUAGCUUAAUAAGUCAACUGGUUGAUGUUUCAGCUGUCAACACUUCAGUUUCUAAAGAUGACAUGGCUAUUGGUUUCUUAUCCUUGAGUUGGAAUGAGAUUUUGUCCACCACUUCAAGGAUUCUGGGGUUCUGGAAAGGUAGCCGGGCCACAGUGGUAGAGGAUUUAAUUGUUGAAAGAUACAUGUUCUUGCUUUGUUGGGAUUUUUCCACUGUAGAUCUUGCUUCUGACCAAGUGCUGUCUUUGAAGAAUGACCCACCGAUUCCUGACAGUUCUAACAUGGAAUAUUUGUUUUUCUUCAGCCGCUUGAUUCUAGGCCAUUGGGAUGCCCUCGGCAAGUGUCCUAUUUUUUCUGAAGUGGUACUUAGCUUACUUCAGCACUUGAAUACUGAACAUUUAUCUGAAGAUAUUAAGGAAUUAGGCUGGGAUUUUUUGAGAGAUGGGAUGUCAUUGUCAGUGGUCCUAUUCUUACUAAAUGAUGGCAUUCAGAGACAGGGAAUGAAGAACAUAGUUUCUGGAGUGGGCUCCACCUGGACAAAAAAUGUCUCUAGGGACAACGAGCAUAAACUUCUUGCCGAGCAUUUGAUUUCUUCCAUGAUGGAGGGUGGCCAAGUUGAAAUGCUGGUAAAGCUGCUGUCAUCUUUAUUGAAUAAAUAUAUAUGCAUCCUUCAGAAAUCUUUUCUAGCUACAUUUGAUAUUAGCGAGAAGGGUGACAGUAGCUUUUCACAUCUGCUGCUCCUAAAGCAUACUGGAUUUGAGAAAGGCUUUCUAGAUGAGAUUGAGAAAAUUCGCACUAGCUCUGCCCAGUUGGAGUCUGUUUUUGACCUAUUACCAAAGUUGGAUGCUAUUGUUGACCAAAGAGCUACCGCAGUGUCUAAUUUCUCCUGGGAAUUUAUAUUGCAUGGCUUACCCUUUAAUCUUCAGGUUCCUAGCAGCAUCCUUCUGUCCUGCCUUCUCAGAAUAAGAGGUAUUAUUUCUGUUUUAGAAGGAAUUUUUAAAACAGAUGAUAUGAAAGGAAGUGGCUGUUUUGGGACUGAGGUACUUUGUCAGAUCCUUGAUAGUGUGAUGAAAAUCAAGCACGAUAAGAUUUUUGAAAGCAUUCAUGACAAGUGUGAUGCUAUUUAUGAUAGUUUGGUUGUUGGGAUGGGAGAAUUGGACUAUUCCAAUUUAUUUUUAUUGGCUCACAUGGAGGGGUUUUUAAGGGACAUAACUGUAAGGGGAGUAAGUGACAGCAAUAUAUGUGAGUGCAUUAUUACCAAGGCUAUUGAUACCAUGGAUAGUCUCAGGAAAGAUCCUUCAAAGUUUGAUAUUUUCAAAUUUUACCUUGGUGUAGAAGAUAUAUCGGAGAAGCUGAAAGAGCUCUUUGAGUUUCAACGUGGUGAUUUAUUAGUCCUACUUAAUUCUCUGGAUAAUUGUUUCUCUGAAUCAGUUAAUGUGAAGGUUCUCAACUUCUUCCUUGAUUUGUUAGCUGGAGAGUUAUGUCCUGAUCUCAAACAGAAGAUACAAAAUAAAUUCCUCAGCAUGGAUAUGAUUUGCCUGUCUAAGUGGUUGGAAAACAGGCUUUUAGGUUGUGUAACAGAAUCUUCAGCUGGAGUCAGCAGUGGAAAAGGGUGUUCUGUUACUGUCAGAGAAUCAACCAUGAGUUUCAUUUUAUGCCUUGUAUCCUCACCUGAACCGCAAUCAAGAGAACUGCAGUCUCACAUUUUCACAGUUGUGCUGGGAUCUCUCCAUCUUGCAUUUUUGCAUUUUGAUAUUCAUGUAGCCAAGUCUUUUUUCCAAUUUACUGUUCAACUGUCUAAAGGAGAAAAUUCAAUGAAAUUGCUUUUAAAAAGGACUGUGAUGCUGAUGGAGAAGCUAGUUGGUGAUGAACGUCUCCUACCGGGGCUAAAGUUCCUUUUUGGUUUUCUUGAAACUGUUUUGAGUGACUGUGGCUCUGGCAGGAUUUCCCCAGAAAGGUGCUCGGGGAAGUCUUUAUCAAGUAAUACUCUUGCUGUUGGACCUAUUGCUUCUAAGGCAGUAGGCUCAAGGAAGAACUCUGAAACACUGGUUCUAUCUACUGAUCAAGUAGGAUCCACAGCUCUUGAAUGUGAUGGAACUUCUGUUGAUGAGGAUGAAGAUGAUGGAACUUCUGAUGGUGAGGUGGCCAGCUUGGAUAAGGAGGAAGAAGAGGAUGGUAACAGUGAAAAGUCCCUUGCUUCUAAAGUUUGUACAUUUACAUCCAGUGGUAGCAAUUUUAUGGAACAACAUUGGUACUUUUGUUAUACAUGUGAUUUGACUGUGUCAAAAGGUUGUUGUUCUGUGUGUGCAAAAGUUUGUCAUCGUGGUCACCGUGUUGUCUAUUCUCGUUCAAGUCGUUUCUUUUGUGAUUGUGGAGCUGGGGGUGUUAGAGGGAGCAGUUGUCAAUGUUUAAAGCCACGCAAAUUUACUGGAAGCACCAAUACACCAGUUCGUAAUGCAAGUAAUUUUCAGUCAUUUUUACCAUUCCCAGAUGAUGGAGACCAGCUGCCAGAAAGUGACUCAGAUCUUGACGAGGACACCAAUACAGACAUAGAUAAUCCAACAAGGUUGUACAUCCAAAGAGAGCUUCAAGAUGGUAUCCCAUUGUUGCUUGAUGAACUUGAUUUUGAAGGUCGGAUUCUUGAGCUGUGCUCUUUGUUGUUGCCUUCUAUAACAAGUAAGAGGGACUCAAAUCUGUCCAAAGACAAUAAAGUCAUUCUUGGCAAAGACAAGCAGCUUUCAUUUGGUGUUGAUCUCUUGCAAUUGAAGAAGGCCUAUAAAAGUGGAUCACUUGAUUUGAAGAUAAAGGCAGAUUAUUCAAAUGCCAAGGAACUUAAAUCACAUUUAGCUAGUGGGUCUCUUGUUAAGUCUUUGCUCAGUGUCAGUACUCGAGGACGACUUGCUGUUGGAGAAGGUGACAAAGUUGCUAUAUUUGAUGUUGGCCAGUUAAUUGGACAAGCAACCAUUGCUCCUGUCACAGCAGACAAAACCAAUGUCAAGCCUCUAUCAAAGAAUGUUGUUCGCUUUGAAAUUGUGCAUCUUACUUUCAAUUCUGUGAUAGAAAAUUACCUUGCUGUAGCAGGCUAUGAAGACUGCCAAGUGCUAACAUUGAAUCCUCGUGGUGAGGUUACUGAUCGUCUUGCCAUUGAGCUUGCACUGCAAGGGGCGUAUAUUAGACGAGUGGACUGGGUUCCAGGUUCUCAAGUUCAGUUGAUGGUGGUUACGAACAAGUUUGUCAAAAUAUACGAUCUGUCCCAAGAUAACAUCAGUCCUGUGCACUACUUCACCUUGCCAGAUGACAUGAUUGUUGACGCAACACUUUUUGUGGCUCAGAGAAGGAUGUUCCUGUUUGUUCUUUCAGAACAGGGAAGUUUAUUCAGGCUAGAGUUGUCAAUGGAAGGUAGUGUUGGGGCUACACCAUUGACAGAGAAAAUUCAAAUACAGGGCAGAGAUAUACAAGCAAAGGGCUCAUCUUUGUUCUUCUCAACAACUUAUAAGUUACUCUUCGUGUCCUCUCAAGAUGGAACCACUCUGAUAGGUAGGCUAAGCCCUGAUGCCACAUCUCUAAGUGAGACAUCUACUGUUUUUGAGGAAGAACAAGAUGGAAAAUUGCGCCCUGCAGGACUGCACCGUUGGAAAGAGCUGCUGGCUGGUAGUGGGUUCUUUGUUUGCUACUCCAGUGCUAAAUCAAAUUCUGCUCUUGCAGUAUCCAUUGAAGCUAAUGAGUUAUUUGCUCAGAACAUGCGGCAUGCAGUAGGUUCUACCUCGCCUUUAGUUGGUGUAACUGCUUACAAGCCUUUAUCUAAAGAUAAAAUCCAUUGUCUUGUCUUACAUGAUGAUGGUAGUCUUCAGAUAUACUCACAUGUUCCAGUUGGAGUUGAUGCUGCUGCUAAUUUAACUGCAGAGAAGGUUAAAAAAUUGGGUCCCGGUAUUCUUAGCAAUAAGGCUUAUGCUGGUGUGAAUCCAGAAUUCCCUCUGGAUUUCUUUGAGAAGACGGUUUGCAUUACUGUAGAGGUGAAAUUGAGUGGUGAUGCCAUUAGAAAUGGUGAUUCCGAAGGGGCGAAACAGAGCUUGGCAUCUGAAGAUGGCUACUUGGAAAGCCCCACCCCAGCAGGAUUUAAGAUAUCUGUCUCCAAUUCAAACCCUGAUGUUGUCAUGGUUGGUUUUCGUUUGCACGUGGGUAAUACAUCAGCAAAUCAUAUUCCUUCUGAAAUAAAUAUUUUUCAGAGGGUUAUUAAGUUGGACGAGGGAAUGCGAUCUUGGUAUGAUAUACCAUUUACAGUUGCUGAAUCACUCCUUGCCGAUGAAGAGUUUACAAUCUCUAUUGGACCAACUUUCAAUGGUUCUGCACUGCCCAGAAUUGACUCUCUUGAAGUUUAUGGUAGGGCUAAGGAUGAAUUUGGUUGGAAAGAGAAAAUGGAUGCUGUACUGGACAUGGAAGCUCGUGCAUUGGGUUGUAAUUCCUUGCUUUCGGGAUCUGGUAGAAAACGACGGUCUAUGCAGUCUGCUCCUGUUCAGGAGCAAGUCAUUGCAGAUGGUCUCAAGCUUCUUUCAAAUCUUUAUUCAUUCUGUAGGUCUCAAGGAUGCUCUAAGGUUGAAGAAGCACAACUAGAACUAAGCAAACUUAAGUGCAGACAGUUACUAGAGAAGAUAUUUGAAAGUGAUCGUGAGCCGUUGUUGCAGGCUGCUGCUUGCCGUGUGUUGCAGGCUGUGUUCCCCAAAAAAGAAAUAUAUUACCAAGUUAAGGACACCAUGCGGCUUCUAGGAGUGGUGAAAUCAACCUCUGUGCUCUCUUCGAGGCUUGGAGCUGGUGGUAUUGCUGGGGCAUGUCUAAUAGAAGAGUUUACAGCCCAGAUGCGUGCAGUCUCUAAGAUUGCAUUGCACCGUCGAUCUAACUUGGCUACUUUUCUUGAAGCAAAUGGUUCUGAAGUGGUUGAUGGCCUUAUGCAAGUUCUUUGGGGAAUAUUAGACUUUGAGCAACCUGACACACAAACUAUGAAUAACAUAGUUGUAUCAUCUGUUGAGCUUAUUUAUUGUUAUGCGGAAUGUCUCACAUUACAUGGAAAGGAUCCAGGAGCACUCACAGUUGCACCUGCUGUUGUUUUAUUCAAGAAACUUCUAUUUUCCCCUAAUGAAGCUGUUCAGACUUCCAGCAGCUUGGCUAUAUCUUCGAGGUUGCUUCAGGUUCCAUUUCCAAAGCAAACCAUGUUGGCCACAGAUGAUGCCAUGGAAAAUGCAGUAUCUUCUAGUAUGUCUGCUGAUGCAACUCCUGGAAAUCCCCAAGUAAUGAAUGAGGAAGAUUCUAUCAAUUCAUCAGUACAGUACUGCUGUGAUGGCUGCUCCACAGUUCCCAUACUUCGAAGGCGAUGGCAUUGUACCAUUUGUCCAGAUUUUGAUCUAUGUGAAGCAUGCUAUGAAGUACUAGGUGCAGACAGGCUUCCUCCACCACACUCUAGAGAUCAUCCUAUGUCAGCAAUUCCAAUUGAAGUGGAAUCAUUAGGGGCUGAUGGCAAUGAGUUUCAUUUCACACCUGAUGACACCAGUGAUCAAAGUAUGUUGCCAGUCCCAGCAGGUUCCAGCAUCCAAAGUUCUGCUCCCUCAAUUCAUGUUCUGGAACCUAAUGAAUCUGGAGAAUUUUCUGCUUCAGUGAAUGAUAUUGUUUCAAUUUCUGCUUCAAAACGUGCUGUAAAUACCUUGCUUUUGUCUGAACUUCUAGAACAGCUGAAAGGAUGGAUGCAGUCAACUACUGGGGUCCGGGCAAUCCCAAUUAUGCAGCUUUUCUACAGAUUAUCAUCAGCUGUGGGUGGGCCUUUCAUAGAUGUCUCUAAGCCUGAAAGCUUGGGUUUAGAGAAACUAAUCAAAUGGUUUUUGGUUGAAAUUAAUCUUAGCCAACCUUUUAAUGCCAAAACACGUUCUACAUUUGGGGAAGUUGCAAUUCUUGUAUUCAUGUUUUUCACACUGAUGCUCCGUAACUGGCACCAACCUGGCACUGAUGGAUCCACUUCAAAAUCUGCUGGAACGACAGAUGCACAUGAUAAAAAUGCCUCAACUUCCUCCGAUGAUCAAGAAAAGAAUGACUUUGCAACCCAGUUGCUCCGAGCUUGCAAUUCUCUUAGGCAACAAGCUUUUGUCAAUUAUCUAAUGGAUAUCUUGCAACAGCUGGUGCAAGUUUUUAAGUCCCCAGCUGCUAAUCAUGAAAGUGGAAGUCUUGGUUCUGGUUGUGGAGCUUUACUAACAGUUCGAAGGGAUUUGCCAGCUGGAAACUUCUCUCCUUUCUUUUCAGACUCAUAUGCCAAAGCCCAUCGCAUGGAUAUUUUUGUGGACUAUCAUAGACUACUGUUGGAGAAUACUUUUAGGUUGGUCUAUACCUUGGUUCGACCAGAAAAGCAAGAUAAAACUGGGGAUAAAGAGAAGGUUUUCAAGAUUUCUCCUGGAAAGGAUCUGAAACUCGAAGGAUAUCAGGAUGUUCUCUGCAGUUACAUAAAUAAUACAAACACUAAUUUUGUCAGAAGAUAUGCAAGGCGGCUUUUCCUGCAUCUUUGUGGAAGCAAAACUCACUAUUACAGUGUUAGAGACUCUUGGCAAUUUUCAAGUGAAAUGAAGAAACUUUUCAAACAUGUAAACAAAUCUGGUGGUUUUCAUAACACUGUACCAUAUGAGAGAAGUGUUAAGAUAGUGAAGUCCUUAACCACUAUGGCUGAAGUAGCUGCUGCCCGGCCUCGAAACUGGCAGAAGUAUUGUUUGAGGCAUGGAGAUGUUUUGCCCUUCUUAAUGAAUGGAGUAUUUUACAUUGGAGAAGAAUCUGUUGUUCAGACUCUGAAGCUCUUAAAUCUGGCCUUCUAUACAGGGAAAGAUAUUGGCAACUCUUUACAGAAAAUUGAAGCUGCAGAUACAGGAAUUAGUUCAAACAAAACAAGUACACAAUCUGUGGAUCAAAAAAAGAAGAAGAAAGGCGAAGAUGGAAUGGAAUCUGGUUCAGAAAAAUCAUGUUUGGACAUGGAGUCUGCUGUUGAAAUCUUCACUGACAAGGAUGGAGAUGUCUUGAUGCAAUUUAUUGAUUACUUUCUGCUGGAAUGGAAUUCAAGCUCUGUUCGUUCAGAAGCCAAGUCAGUUCUUUAUGGUGUUUGGCAUCAUGCAAAGCAGUCAGUCAGGGAAACCAUGUUGGUGGCCCUAUUGCAUAAAGUAAAAUGUCUCCCCAUGUAUGGCCAGAACAUUGUUGAGUAUACUGAACUUGUCACAUGGCUGUUGGGAAAAGUUCCUGAUGUCAGUUUGAAGCAACAAAAUGCUGAACUUGUGGACCGUUGUUUAACGUCUGAUGUUAUCAAAUUUAUCUUUGAGACACUUCAUUCCCAGAAUGAGCUUUUAGCAAAUCAUCCAAAUUCCCAGAUAUACAAUACUUUGAGCGGACUAGUUGAAUUUGAUGGCUAUUAUCUUGAAAGUGAGCCUUGUGUUGCUUGUAGCUCUCCUGAGGUACCCUACAGUAGGAUGAAGCUAGAAAGUCUGAAAUCUGAAACAAAAUUCACUGACAACCGUAUCAUUGUCAAAUGCACUGGUAGUUAUACCAUCCAAACAGUGACAAUGAAUGUCCAUGAUGCCAGGAAGUCUAAAUCAGUGAAAGUUUUGAAUUUGUAUUACAACAAUCGACCUGUGGCCGACUUGUCGGAGCUGAAAAACAAUUGGUCUUUGUGGAAGCGUGCCAAGAGUUGCCAUCUUGCUUUUAAUCAAACUGAACUAAAAGUAGACUUUCCUAUUCCUAUAACAGCUUGUAACUUCAUGAUUGAGCUGGAUUCCUUCUAUGAGAAUCUUCAGGCUUUAUCUCUUGAACCACUGCAGUGCCCUCGUUGCAGUCGGCCAGUCACAGAUAAGCAUGGUAUCUGUAGCAACUGCCAUGAGAAUGCAUAUCAAUGCAGGCAAUGUCGCAACAUCAAUUACGAAAACCUCGACUCUUUCCUAUGCAAUGAAUGUGGAUACUGUAAGUAUGGUAGGUUUGAGUUCAAUUUCAUGGCAAAACCAAGUUUUAGCUUUGAUAAUAUGGAGAAUGAUGAAGAUAUGAAGAAAGGUUUGGCUGCAAUAGAAUCUGAAUCAGAAAAUGCUCAUAGGAGAUAUCAACAACUUCUGGGCUUCAAGAAGCCCCUCCUCAAGAUUGUGUCAAGCAUUGGAGAGAGUGAAAUUGACUCACAACAAAAGGACUCCGUACAACAAAUGGUCUCAUUGCCUGGACCUUCAUGUAAGAUAAACCGCAAAAUAGCUCUUCUUGGUGUCUUAUAUGGUGAAAAGUGCAAAGCUGCUUUUGAUUCUGUUAGCAAAAGUGUACAGACAUUGCAAGGGCUGCGUCGGGUUUUGAUGAAUUAUUUGCACCAGAAGAACUCUGAUAAUGGAGUGGCUUCUUCAAGAUUUGUGGUUUCCAGGUCUCCGAAUAAUUGCUAUGGCUGUGCUAGUACAUUUGUGACACAAUGUCUUGAGAUAUUGCAGGUUUUGUCAAAGCAUUCUAAUUCAAAAAAACAACUUGUUGCAGCUGGGAUUUUAUCUGAGUUGUUUGAAAAUAACAUUCACCAAGGUCCUAAAACGGCACGCAUUCAAGCUAGGGUAGUUCUUUGUGCAUUCUCAGAGGGUGAUGUUAAUGCAGUGAGUGAGUUGAACAGUUUAAUACAGAGGAAAGUCAUGUACUGCCUUGAACACCAUCGAUCCAUGGACAUUGCUCUGGCCACACGUGAAGAAUUAUCUUUGCUUUCAGAAGUGUGCUCUUUAACUGAUGAAUGCUGGGAAUCAAGAUUACGUGUUGUUUUUCAGCUUUUAUUUUCUUCAAUCAAAUUGGGUGCCAAACAUCCUGCCAUAUCUGAACAUGUUAUUCUUCCUUGUUUGAGGAUUAUAUCCCAGGCUUGCACUCCUCCAAAACCUGAUGGAGCAGACAAGGAAUCUGUCACGGGAAAAUCUAAUUUGGUUUCGCUGACUAAGGAGGAAAAUACUCAAAAUGUUUCGGGAUCUUUGGCUGGGCUGGGUGGUGGAAGCAAGUCUGUUUCAGAAUCAGAGAAAAACUGGGAUGCUUCUCAGAAAACCCAGGAUAUUCAACUGCUGAGCUAUACAGAGUGGGAGAAGGGAGCGUCAUAUCUAGAUUUUGUUAGAAGGCAAUACAAAGUGUCCCAGGCAGUCAAAGGUGGUAUCCAGAGGUCACGGCCUCAGAGGCAAGAUUUCCUGGUUCUUAAAUACGGUCUUAGGUGGAAGCAACGUGCUAGCAAGACCUCUAAAAGUGACUUGUCAGUUUUUGAGUUGGGUUCAUGGGUUAGAGAACUUGUUCUGAGUGCUUGUUCUCAAUCUAUAAGGUCGGAAAUGUGCAUGUUGAUAAGUUUGCUUGGGGCUCAAAGUUCAUCAAGACGAUUUCGGUUGCUGAACUUGCUUGUGUCUUUAUUACCAGCAACACUUCCUGCUGGAGAAAGUGCUGCAGAGUAUUUUGAAUUGCUCUUUAAGAUGAUAGAGUCAGAAGAUGCUCGUCUUUUCUUGACUGUACGAGGAUGUCUACGUACAAUUUGCAAACUAAUUACCAAAGAAGUGGAAAAUGUUGAAUCCUUGGAAAGGAGCUUGCGCAUUGACAUAUCUCAAGGAUUUAUACUUCACAAACUUAUAGAGCUUCUUGGUAAAUUUCUGGAGGUUCCUAAGAUUAGAUCCAGAUUCAUGAAAGAUGAUUUGCUUUCUGAAGUUCUUGAGGCUCUUAUUGUCAUACGUGGCUUGAUAGUACAGAAGACAAAGUUGAUUAGUGAUUGUAAUCGACUUCUGAAAGAUCUUUUGGAUAGUCUUCUUCUUGAAAACAGUGAAAAUAAACGGCAAUUUAUCAGGGCCUGUAUCUGUGGAUUGCAAAUUCAUGGAGAGGAGAGAAAAAAGCGAACUUGUCUGUUUAUCCUAGAGCAGCUGUGCAAUCUGAUCUGCCCAUCAAAACCAGAGCCUGUAUAUCUUUUAGUUCUUAACAAGGCACAUACUCAGGAAGAGUUUAUCAGGGGAUCAAUGACAAAGAAUCCUUAUUCCAGUGCCGAGAUUGGUCCAUUGAUGCGUGAUGUGAAAAAUAAAAUUUGCCAUCAGCUGGAUCUGUUAGGUCUUCUUGAAGAUGAUUAUGGCAUGGAGUUGCUAGUUGCAGGAAAUAUUAUCUCUCUUGAUUUGAGCAUAGCUCAAGUCUAUGAGCAAGUCUGGAAAAAGUCGAAUCAAUCUUCAAACUCGUUGGCUAAUUCAACCUUAUUAUCUUCUAAUGCUGCUACAUCAGGAAGAGAUUGUCCACCCAUGACUGUGACUUACCGGCUUCAGGGAUUAGAUGGUGAGGCCACUGAGCCAAUGAUUAAAGAAUUAGAAGAAGAUCGUGAAGAGUCACAAGAUCCAGAGGUUGAGUUUGCAAUUGCUGGUGCCGUUCGAGAGUAUAAUGGGCUAGAAAUUAUAUUGGGCAUGAUCCAGCGUUUGAGGGAUGGUUUUAAGUCCAACCAAGAGCAGCUGGUGGCAGUUCUUAAUCUUCUGAUGCACUGCUGUAAAAUAAGAGAGAACAGACGAGCAUUGUUGAGGUUAGGAGGUUUAAGUUUGCUACUUGAAACAGCAAGGCGUGCUUUCUCUGUGGAUGCUAUAGAGCCAGCUGAAGGCAUUCUUUUAAUAGUUGAGAGCCUAACGCUAGAAGCAAAUGAAAGUGAUAAUAUUAGCAUCACACAGAAUGCUCUUACUGUUAGUAGUGAAGAAACAGGUGAACAGGCCAAGAAAAUUGUUCUCAUGUUCCUGGAGCGAUUGUCUCAUCCUUUGAGUCUUAAGAAAUCAAGCAAACAGCAGAGAAAUACUGAGAUGGUAGCGAGAAUUUUACCUUACUUGACAUAUGGUGAGCCAGCAGCGAUGGAAGCACUUAUUCAGCAUUUUAGCCCCUAUUUGCAAGACUGGAGUGAAUUUGACAGGUUGCAGAAACAACAUGAAGACAACCCCAAAGAUGAAAGCAUUGCUCAACAAGCUGCCAAGGAGAAGUUCACAUUGGAAAAUUUUGUUAGAGUUUCAGAGUCUCUUAAAACAAGUUCCUGCGGAGAGAGAUUGAAAGACAUUAUCCUUGAGAGGGGGAUAACAGGAAUUGCAGUUAGGCACCUGAGGAACAGUUUUGCUGUAACUGGGCAAGCUGGCUUUAAAUCCAGUCCAGAAUGGGCUUUGGGUUUAAAACUGCCAUCUGUUCCUUUAAUAUUGUCUAUGUUGAGGGGUUUGUCCAUGGGGCAUUUGGCCACUCAAAGGUGCAUUGAUGAAGGAGGAAUUUUACCCUUGCUCCAUGCUCUUGAAGGUGUACCUGGAGAAAAUGAGAUUGGGGCUAGGGCUGAAAACUUACUAGAUACACUUUCUAAUAAGGAGGGAAAAGGAGAUGGUUUCUUAGAGGAGAAGGUAAGGAGGUUGAGACAUGCCACGAAGGAUGAAAUGAGGCGCUUAGCUUUGAAAAAGAGAGAACAAAUGCUUCAGGGGCUUGGAAUGCGUCAGGAGCUAGCUUCGGAUGGUGGUGAGCGUAUUGUGGUUGCUCGCCCACUUCUUGAAGGAUUAGAAGAUGUAGAGGAGGAGGAGGGUGGAUUGGCAUGCAUGGUGUGUCGUGAGGGCUACAGUUUGAGGCCUACUGAUUUGUUGGGUGUCUAUUCUUACAGCAAGCGGGUUAAUCUAGGUGCUGGGACUUCUGCUAGUGCUCGUGGGGAUUGUGUUUACACAACUGUCAGUUAUUUCAAUAUAAUUCAUUUCCAGUGCCAUCAAGAGGCUAAAAGAGCAGAUGCUGCCCUCAAGAAUCCAAAGAAAGAGUGGGAAGGAGCGACUCUCAGAAACAAUGAAUCUCUCUGCAAUUCUCUCUUUCCUGUGAGAGGUCCAUCAGUUCCACUAGCACAUUAUAUUCGAUAUGUUGACCAGUACUGGGACAACCUCAAUGCCCUUGGACGUGCCGAUGGAAGCCGGCUUAGGCUAUUAACUUAUGACAUUGUUCUGAUGCUAGCUCGUUUUGCAACAGGGGCAUCAUUCAGUGCAGAAAGCAGAGGUGGUGGAAGGGAGAGCAACUCUAGAUUUCUUCCUUUCAUGAUCCAAAUGGCCCGCCAACUUCUUGAUCAGGGAAGCCAUUCUCAGCGCCGCACCAUGGCAAAGGCUGUAUCAACAUAUUUAACAUCUUCUACAGUAGAAUCCAGACCCUCCACCCCUGGAUCACAAUUACCUUCAGGCACUGAGGAAACUGUCCAAUUUAUGAUGGUUAAUUCACUUCUCUCAGAGUCCUACGAAUCAUGGUUGCAACAUCGCCCUGCAUUCUUGCAGCGAGGCAUCUACCAUGCAUAUAUGCAACACACUCACAGUCUUUCAUCUGCCCGUGCUUCAUCUUCCGUUACUAGUGGUAGCAAAAGCCCUGCUUCAGAAACUGGAAAUGCUGAUGAUAUCUUGCCCAUUGUUCGUCCAAUGCUUGUCUAUACUGGUUUGAUUGAGCAGCUGCAGCGUUUCUUUAAGAUUAAAAAACCGACAAAUGUGGUGCCAGCCAAAGCAGAAGGAACUUCUGCAGUUACAGAGGGUGAUGAUGAAAGUGGAAGCUUGGAACCUUGGGAGGUGGUGAUGAAAGAUCGACUGUUGAACGUAAGGGAGAUGGUGGGGUUCUCUAAGGAGCUGCUAUCAUGGUUAGACGAAAUAAACUCUGCCUGUGAUUUGCAGGAGGCUUUUGACAUCAUUGGAAUGCUUGCCGAUGUAUUAUGCGGUGGCUUUACCCAGUGUGAAGAUUUUGUGCAGGCUGCGAUUAAUGCUAAGAAAAGUUGAGCCUAUUGCUGAAUUGGGAGCGUAGUGUCUUUUUGAAUUUUCUUGUUGGUUGCUGAAGAAAUGUACAUGACUUUACUUACGCAUAUUUGUGUUUGAUUACCAAUGAAAAAUGGGGUUACAAACGCCAUGAUGUAUAAACUUUGAGUCUCCGAUGAACGCAUGCGGCUAUUGGUAAUCAAUAUAAAUUUCCCAUAA